AUGUCCGUCCUGGCCCUUUUAAUCCGCCCUAUAGCAUAUCUGGGCCUCCCCGCCUACCUGCUGCACAGACUCUCUGCCUCAUCACCUGUCGCGCGGUACUAUGUCCGUCUCAGCCUCUAUAUUUCCACCCUCGGCCUCGUCUCUGCGUGGGGUGCGAUCGCGUCCGUCGCCAUGAGCCUCGCGGGGCGGCGCUACGAUGUCAACUACGUCGUGGCGCGCACAUUUUACGCCAUCGCGAGCCGGGUAAUGGGCAUCAAGAUCAGCGUCGAGGGGGCUGAGCAUCUCGAGACGCGGCCUGCAGUCUUCGUGGGCAACCACCAGAGCAUGCUCGACAUUCUCUAUCUCGGGCGGAUCUUCCCCAUGCGCGCCUCCAUCAUGGCCAAGAAGGAGCUCCAGUGGAUGCCGCUCCUCGGCCAAUUCAUGACCUUCUCCGGCGCCGUCUUCGUCGACCGCGGGAACAACGCCAAGGCGAUCCGCUCGCUCGCCGCUGCAGGCGAAGCGAUGCGCGAGCGCGCGACGUCGCUCUGGCUCUUCCCCGAGGGCACACGCUCGAUGCGCGAGCACCACGACAUGCUCCCGUUCAAGAAGGGUGCGUUCCACCUCGCCGUCCAGGCCGGCGUGCCCAUCGUCCCCGUGAUCUGCGAGAACUACUGGCGGCUGUACCGCAAGGGCGUCUUUGAGAGCGGGACGCUCAAAAUUAAAGUGCUACCCCCCGUGCCCACGACCGGGCUUACCGUCGCGGACGUCGCUGACCUCGCGGUGCGCGUGCACGAUCAGAUGGUCGCGGCGUUACGUGAAAUAUCAGACCCCUCGACCGCUCGCCCCCCACGAUCGCCUGCGGGCCCAGCCCCAGCUUCAGAUUCGCCCCCCGCACGGGAGAAGCAGCGCGAGAAUUCCGCUGUCGAGGCACCGCUGCGGCGUCGGGAGGGAAGCGAGAACGGGACGGAGACGGAGGAGGACGAGGGGAUGGUGCUGGUGGGGCGGCCCGGUGCGCGAUAG